AUGAUGGGUGAAGACAUCAAGAGGUUCAAGCUGAGAGAAGAAAAGCAUACAGUUGCUGAGAUUGAGCUGAUGGCCUGGUCACCAACAAUGGAUCUCUUAGCUCUGGCUAAUGUUAAUGGCGAGGUUCUUGUCAACAGGCUUUCCUGGCAAAGAGUUUGGUCAUUAUCUCCACCUUCAGAAGGGGAGAAAAUAUGUGGACUUGCAUGGCGACCAGAUGGAAAAGUGAUUGCUGUAGGCUAUUCAUCUGGUGUUGUGAGGAUAUGUGAUGUGGAAAAGGGUGACUUGGUCUACGUGGGCAGUGUCAGAGGAAGUGUCACAUCAUUGGAAUGGGUGGAGCAGUCAGAGCACAUGAACCAAGGCCCAGAACACUAUGCAGAAGAUAACUCAUCAGAUUAUUUACCUGUAUCACAGCAGCUCACUUCCCUGUACAGUGAAAGUUCUGUAACAAAAGAUCAGUCGCUGAAUUUGCUGAUUGUUGGCACUGAUUUAUGUGAAGUGAACAUAUUUUCCUUAUGGAGCAUUCCCCACCUGUGUCAUAGAUUUGUCCUCUGA